GCCACAUCAGAGUAAGUUGUUGCUUUUUGUUGUGUGUUUAAACAAUAACAUCAGAUUAGGGUAUAAAUUUUGUAUAAUAAAUUAAUAGUAUGUGUUGAGAAAAUAGUAACAGCUUCUCGCUCGUCUGACCCCAUAUGCAGAAGCCAAUGUAAUUUAAACAAAAAUUCGUCAACUGUUGAACACGUCAGAUCAAUGUGCAGCAUCCGUCGCCGAUAAAAACAUUAACCAAUCGGAACCGGAGCAGAAUACUAUAUCAAGAAACAAACCAAUCUAAAGAAAGGCCACAAAAGAAGCGCAUUAAUCCAUAAAAUUAACGACGCGUCAUCAAAUUUCAGGAAAUAGACAUAUUAAAAUGUCGGAAACAAGCAUCGAUGUCAGCGGGGAGAUGGAGGUGCCGAAGCGUCCAGCUGGAGGUCAGAAUAAAUGGGACAUGCAAAAUCUGCCCACGCUACAAAAUCUGCCCUCACCCUUGGAAUUAAUACACACGAUACGUCAGUCGUUGCGACCAUGGACUGUGUUCUUCAACAUUAACAAUUUUAAGACCGCGGUCAGCAUGCAACGUCUCAAUAAUCGUGUUAUGCGCAAUCUAUCAUAUUUCCAGAGCAACUAUAUAUUCGUCUUCAUAGUGCUGAUGAUCUACUGUCUGAUAACAUCACCACUUACUUUGUUCGUGGUUGCAGGCGUCGCCUAUGGUUGCCACAAGAUUCGCUCAAUGAAUUCAAAUUUCACGCUAUUGGGACACUCGAUAUCACCGAAGCAGCAAAUUGUAGGACUUAAUUUGUGCGCAGCGCCUCUGCUGUUUCUGGUUGGAGCUGGUGCCGUGCUCUUUUGGACACUGGGAGCUUCCUGCUUUGUCAUCUUCAUGCAUGCAGUAUUCUACAAUAUUGAUGCCAUAGUAACGGAGGAGAACGAGGGAUUCCUAUCGCAGGUUGUCUAAAUCGGACUACAUGAAUCUGUUGCCGCACAGGGGCCUUAUUAGAAGAUAAGAUGCAAUAUAUUUAUAUACCGAAACCGAUAUUUAGUUAAGUAUUAUCAAUAACGAGCACGUUGUGAAAGACGUGGCAACGAAAAUAUACAACAACAACAAACACGAUU